AUGCCACCCCCGCUCCCCUCGCACCACCGCGGCAUGACCGCAAACCCAACCCGACCAGCCCGCUAUCGCCCCGGAAAACCAAUCGCCGAAGAACCAUCCUCAGACGAAGACGAAGACGAGGAAGAUGAGGCCACCAUCAAAGCACGAGAGGAGGAGAAGCGCAAGCGGGCGGAGGCGCAGAGGCGACAAAGACAGCAGCAACAGCAGCAGCAGCCGAAGGCGAGUUCAUUUCCGGCAGGCGCGAUUACGAAGGGUGUCAAGGGUGUGAGGAUUGAGGAGCCAGAGCAGGAUGAGGGGGAGGAUGAGGAAGGGUUCGUUACUGAUGAGGGUGAGGACGAGCAAGGUAUUUCAGGCGCGGCGCCGGCUAAGGUAGCGCCGCGGGUUACUGGGGCGCAUGCACCUGCUCCUAUAGCUAAAGACGAAGACGAGGAAGAGGAAGAGGAAGAAUCAGAAGAAGAGAGUUCCGAGGAAGAAAGCUCCGAAGACGAACGACCACGAGUCCUCCUCCGACCAACAUUCAUCAAGAAAAACCAGCGCAAACCAGACACCGCCCAGGACACGACGGAAGCAGAUACUGCCGCAGAAGCAGAAGCCCAGCAAGCCCAACGGAAGGAAAAAGCAGAUAUGCUGAUCCGCGAACAGCUUGAGAAGGCUGCGCUGGAACGCAGCGCUGCAAACCGCCAAUGGGACGAUGAUGAAGCUGAAGCCGCCGAAGAAGCUGCCAUCGAUGAUACAGACGGUCUCGACCCGGAGGCAGAGCAUGCAGCGUGGAAACUGCGGGAAUUGAAACGUGUCAAGCGCGAGCGCGAGGCGAUCGAGGCAUCCGAGAAAGAGCGCGAGGAGAUCGAGCGACGGAGGAAUCUCACAGCGGAAGAGCGCGAGCGCGAAGACCGGGAGUUCCUGGCGAAGCAGAAACAGGAGAAAGACGCCACGCGUGGACAACCGGGAUUCAUGCAGCGGUAUUUCCACAAGGGUGCGUUCUUUCGUGAUGAUCUUGAGCGCGAGGGUCUCGAUCAGCGGAAUGUUAUGGGGAGGAGGUUCGUCGAUGAUGUCUCUCGUGAGACACUACCGCAGUACAUGCAGGUGCGCGACUUGACGCAGGUGGGCAAGAAGGGUCGUACGCGGUAUCGCGAUCUUAGGAGUGAGGAUACGGGACGAUUUGGUGAGGGGUUAGACGGUCGUCGUCGUCGUGAUGGGCCGCCUAUUGGGAUUACUGAUGAACGGUUUAUGCCGGAUCGGGUUGAUGAAAAGACUCGUCCUACGGGGGCGAAUGCUAGUGCCGUGAGAGAGAGACGGAGGUCACGGUCGAGGUCUUACUCUCCUCGAAGAGGGGAUCGUGGAGAUUCAUACAGACCUGGUGGUGGUGGGAGGAAACGAAGUCCUUCUCCGUAUGAGGACCGGGACAAGCGUAGACGGACGGAGGCAUGA